AUGGGAUCCACAGACGGACCGUUAUUCAUGUCAUCUACACGCCCCAGGAUCCUCUUUAUCGACGCCUACGAUUCCUUCUCAAACAACAUCACCUCACUGCUCACAUCUCUCCUGCAUGUGGACGUCUACGUCCUGUCUAUUGACGCACCCAUCUCCAAGGAACAACUUAGCCACGAAGUUGGUCACUAUGAGGCGGUGGUGUGUGGGCCAGGGCCUGGGUCGCCAGGGAACGAAGCCGAUGCUGGGCUGAUGCAGCUGGUGUGGGAACUGGAUGAGGAUUCCAUCUGUCCCGUGUUGGGGGUGUGUCUGGGCUUCCAGAGCCUCGUCCUAGCCUGUGGCGGCAAGAUUAGGAGGCUGAAGAGGGGAUUGCACGGACUCGUCAGGACGAUACAGCACCAGCCCACAUGCAGCAGCGCCACGAGAGGUGACGACGUGGCGGAUAUCUUCAAGGGUCUGGGGGACUUCAAGGCCACGCUGUAUCACAGUCUCUGUGCAGACGUGGGUCAGGACUCGAUCAUAGACUGGGAGGGUACAAAAAAAUGGGAGAGCCCUGUUGGCCAACCAGAUAUUGUGCCUCUUGCGUGGGUGGAGGAGGAUCGGUGUGAUGCCGCAGGUGGACCCGAGAGGAUCUUGAUGGCUCUGAAGCAUCGUCGAAAGCCUUUCUGGGGUCUUCAGUAUCACCCGGAAUCAGUCUGCACCGAGGAGGAAGGCCACAAGGUCAUACGAAACUGGUUCGACCAGGCCAGGCGCUGGAACAUGGCAAGAGGAAGAGUCGUCAACACGGAUCUUAGGGACACCUUGGCGAGGAAUGCUGUCCGGAUGAGCCUCCACCAACAAGCAGCAGAUUCCAUGCAUCUGGACCCUGAGGGAAGAGGAGUUCGAAUUUGGAGGAAGUUGAUGCACUCCAACACCCCUCAGACUUUCCAGUCUCGAUGUUUCUCGCUUCCCAAAGGUAUCGAGGCCCCGCAUAUCGCCGAGAUCCUAGACUCUCACAGAGCCAAAAGCAAUAUCAUCUUCGACUCCGCGAACAGUAACCAACCAGCACCAAAGAUCGGCGUGGACGUUCGUGGGCGCUUUAGUAUUAUGGCAGUGGAUGUGGACGAGUCCAUGCGGAUCGAACAUCACACAACGGACAAUUUUGUCACUCUUGUCAAUGGUGUGCUACCUGCCUCCCGAGAAGCCAUCACUCUGGCACCGGGAAAGACAGUGUGGCACUUCCUGGCCGAAAUCCACGAGGCAAGGCGGACUCGGUUCGAAAUGGACAAUAGACCACAUGAAGUGCCUGAUGAGAAUGAUGUGCCCUUUCUGGGAGGGUUUGUCGGAUUCGUCACGUACGAACAAGGACUCAGCGACAUCGACAUAAAGCUUCCCAGGGACAGAGGUCACAGGAGGCCCGAUGUCUGCCUCGCAUGGGUGAAGAAAUCAAUUGUUCUUGACCAUCAAAAAGGUGUCGUGCAUGUACAACAUCUGGAAUCGGACUUUUCCUGGAUCGACUCGACCGCACAGAAGCUGCAGAGUUCCGAGACAUGGCGUUACGGUCAUCAAGACGACGACGAUGAAAAGAGAUCUUCAUGCCGCGACUUUCAUAAGAAAACACACACGGUUAUCAACAAGCCCGAUCCUGCCAAAUACGAGGCCAAAGUUCGCAUGUGCCAAGAGUACAUCGCAGCGGGUGACUCGUAUGAGCUGUGUCUCACCGACCAGACCAGAAUCACAAGAACUAAAAUGACCGGCAGCUCACCAGCCGAAUCAUGCUGGCAGCUUUACCGUACCCUCCGUCGGCGCAACCCGGCCCCGUUCGCCUCGUACAUCCGCCUCGGAGGCGCUACCCUAGUCAGCUCCUCACCAGAGCGGUUUCUCCAGUACGACCGCUCCGGCCUCUGCUCCAUGAAGCCGAUGAAGGGCACGGUCAAGAAGUCGACCGAGCCAGGCAGCGCCGGGUGCGCCACGACUCUGGCCGAAGCGGAGGCGAUCCUGCACGUUCCCAAGGAGGAGGCCGAGAACCUCAUGAUUGUGGACCUGGUGCGGCACGACUUACACGGCAUAUGCGGCGCGGGCAAGGUGACGGUGCCGGAGUUGUUGAAGGUGGAGGAGUACCAAACCGUGUACACGAUGAUCACGCGGGUCGAGGGUCAGCUGCCGCGGGGCCCUGGAGCCUCCUACUCGGGACUGGAUGUCCUAUCGGCCAGCCUGCCGCCGGGGAGCAUGACGGGAGCGCCGAAGAAGCGGAGCUGUGAGAUCCUGCAGCAGGUGGAAGGCGGUGGGAAGGAGAGAAGCCUGUACUCGGGGGUCGUGGGGUACAUGUGCGUCACCGGCCGUGGCGAUUGGAGCGUCACCAUCAGGAGCAUGUUCCGGUGGGAUGAUGAGUCCACAUCGGUGGUGGUGCGUGACGAUGGGGAAGAGAAGAAGGAGGUGUGGCAUAUUGGUGCCGGAGGGGCGGUGACGAUCCUGAGCACGCCCGAGGGCGAGAGGGAAGAAAUGUUUGUGAAGCUCGCGAGGCCGUUGAGCAUCUUUACAGAGGAGGAAGGAGGAGGAGGAGGCUUAAAACUUGAAUUUUGA